CGUGGACCGGGCUAGUGGUCGAGGCCCCAUGAACGCGGCGCCCCUGGUGGGCUACAGCAGCAGCGGUUCGGAGGAUGAAGCGGAGGCCGUCGCCGCGGGGCGCAGCAAACCGGGGUCUGGACUCCACCGUUGUGGCCAGAACCCACUUCCGAGUCAGAGGUUUCCAGUGCCCGACAGUGUGCUAAACAUGUUCCCCAGCACAGAGGAAGGACCUGAGGAUGACAGUGCAAGGCAUGGGGGUCGCAUCCGAACCUUUCCCCACGAGCGGGGCAACUGGGCCACCCACAUCUACAUACCAUAUGAGGCGAAUGAGGAGUUCCAGGAUCUGCUUGACGUGUUGCUGCCCCGAGCUCAGAUGUUCGCGCCUCGACUGGUGCAGAUGGAGGAGUUCCACCUCAGCCUGUCUCAGAGCGUGGUUCUCCGUCACCACUGGAUCCUCCCCUUUGUGCAGGUGCUCAAAGACCGCAUGGCCUCUUUCCAAAGGUUCUUCUUUACUGCCAACAGGGUAAAGAUUUAUACCAAUCAAGAGAAAACCAGGACCUUCAUUGGGCUCGAGGUCAGCUCAGGGCAUGCCCAGUUCCUGGACAUGGUUUCAGAGGUGGACAGAGUCAUGAAGGAAUUUGACCUCACUACUUUCUACCAGGACCCUUCAUUUCAUGUCAGUCUGGCCUGGUGUGUGGGUGAUGCCCGUCUACAGUUGGAGGGACAGUGUCAGCAGGAACUACAGGAAAUUGUGGAUGAGUUUGAAGACUCAGAGAUGCUGUUACGUGUGCUGGCUGAACAAGUCCGCUGCAAGUCCGGGAACAAAUUCUUCUCGAUGCCUUUGAAGUGAGCCUUGUGCCAUCCUCUCUACAGACCUGCUGAUGGAAGAGCUGUGGGAUGCCUCAGCCAGGAGUCCUCAUCACACACUCAGCCUGUCCUAGGGGGCCUCUCCCUCUCCUGGUCCACUUGGGUUGUAGGGUGGUCAUUUCCAGAAACCACCAGUAGAGGGCAGCCCGGACCUCUAACUCUUCCUCUGCUAGUCUUAGGAAAAUGAGGCGGGCUGGAGAGCCCACCCACACUCAGUCCCCACAGAGGCCUCUCCCCUGCAGUAAUGUAUAUUGAUGCUAUUGGCCAUCAACCAGUUUUUAAGAUCCUUGCAUCCUGACCCACCAGUGUCAAACGGGCUUUCCUAUCUGUCAUCCUCCCUUUAAUCUCCUUUAUUUAUCACCUCGUCCCUUCAUCCCAUCCUGUGCCAGGAGAGGUCAUUUCAGGGCCAGGGCAUGGGGUGGUACUUUGUGGUCAGCAGCAGUUUUCUUUAUUCCUUCCUCCCACUUACCCAGCCAGGUGCCUGGGGAAAGCCCAGCAGAUGUUUCACUCGGCCUGGCUAUGGCUGCCAGCCAGGCCUCCAACACCCAUGACCUCUGCUUUCCCUGUCAGCUUUCCCAGAGGUGCAGAGAUGCACCUUUCCUCCAGCCAGAACCCCUGCCCCUGCUGAGCAUUCUUCGGGGAGGGGGUGGGAAGUGAGGGAGAGGGCCAGAGAGACAUAGGAUUUAUUUCCCAUCAAGCUCCUAUCAGGGAAAAGAACCAAGCCAUUCUAGUUGUCAUGGGGAUUGCUAGUGAUGGAGAAGAAAUAUUUUUUUACAGUUUUAAAUUAUGUUCAACCAAUAAAAUCUGCCUUUUUAA